AUGGCAGAUAGAGGCCCCAGUCUGUUCGACAUGCUUGGUGAGAAUGGGCCGAGCGGUGGGGGAGGAUUCGACACAAUGUUAGAAAUUUUACCUGAAGAAAUGGACGGGGGAUUCGUGGAUGAAUUAACACAUUCGACUAACAAUUCUGAUGGCUCGAACUUAGAGCGAAAUUCAAAAUUACGUACGGAAGAGCCGCUGGCGGCGCAUACGGUAGGAGUGGAGCCCCUCUUUCCACCAAAUUGCCCACUACCAUCAAUGGAAAAUCACCAAAACGGUGAAAUCGCGCAAUUGUGGGACUUUAACGUUGACGAGUUCAUAAUGACACCCAGCCAAGCCAGCGAUUCUGCGACUAUCAGUGCCCCCAACAGUUUCAACUCAGAUUUUCACCCGCAGAUGGAUGUGACUGGUCGCAAGACCAGCAUCGACGCUACAGGAUUUGGCGCUGCUUUUGAUUCGCAUAUAGCCAGCCAUAGUCAGGGCAAUAAUAAUUGGAGCCAUCUUCUGGGCAAUUCCUUUCCCUCUGAAAUUAACACACAACAACUUUUUACGUCGCCCGUAGGGUUGCGAUCCGAAGAUUCGCAUGGUACUCCCCUUUUCCGGCCAACGCUGCCGACAAGGCGGUCGUCUUCACAGCUAACGAAGAACAUGGGCGAGGAUGGGAGUAUCUCACUCACAUCGCACAGUACCACGAACUCUAUUCGCAAAAACUCCGUGACAAGGCCAUUGUCAUCUACUUCCUUAUCAUCCUAUCGACAAAAUUCCUCUUCAGAAGUACCGAGAAAGGCCCAAGUAGAAUGCUUCAAUUGUAAGACUACAAAGACGCCUCUUUGGAGACGAGACGGAGGUGGCAACACAAUGUGUAAUGCAUGUGGUCUUUUUCAAAAAUUGCAUGGAACAAUGCGUCCUCUGUCUUUAAAGAGCGAUGUAAUAAGGAAAAGAAAUACAAAGAAAAGAGGUAAAAAGCCAGUCAGUCAAGACCUGAAAGAAAAUACAAAGUCGGGCAAAAAAAAUGAUACAGAUCAGCAAGAUCUAGCACUGCCGUCUCUAUCCCUAAAUGCUCAGUCAUCUACGGAAAGCUCUGCUAAUUUAUCUAACUUUUCUUCGUCAGAAACAAAGUCGCGCAUCAGCUCAUUUACGAAUUUUAGCGUGAAUGGGACUUUCAGCAACCCAAAUGGUGAGCAACUGAGCUCCAAGACUUUGAUGAGUCACGACACCCGAUUGAUGUCUUCAGCUAAUGCGGGCAUAUCUAAGAAAUCAAGUCGAUCGAGCAGUUCCAGUUCUGCAUCGAACUCCAGUAACCGUUCCUCGUCAUCGAGAACCAUGGUUCCCAUUUUGCCAAAGCCAUCGCCAGGAGCAACUCAACGAAGUCAAUUUCAAUUAAUGAAUAAUUUUACUGGUAGCGCAGGUAAUAGUGCAGCCUCGUCUCCAAGGAUACCAAGCUCUCCACGCUUAUCCUCUGCUCAAAGCCCACUGCCUAAUUCAGGUGGCCAACUGUUGUCAUCCUCGGGGGGUGGUCCUGGAAUAGCGAUAAUGCGUAGAAAGCCCUCCCGCCCAGGCUCAUCGUCAUUUAUGGCCACAUCGUUGCAACAACAUCAGCAACAACACCAACUUCAACUUCAACAGCAUCAGCAACCAUAUCAAGCACAACAACAAUCUCAACAAUCUCAACAAUCUCAAUCAAUAGCCUUCCCAUCUACCACUGUUGGUAGCUCUUCGUCAACAAUCUCUGCAUCUUCCAACUCUUGGAAUACUGCACCAAAUGCUGUGGGUCCUCCAAAACCAAUGAACUCGCCUCGCUCUCCAUUCGAUCUGUUUUCUUCCCAGGAACCUCAGUCAAGGUCGACUUCUCGAAAGUCCCACACAUCUCUACUAUCUCAGCAACUGCAGCAAGCUAGUAUACCAUCGCAGUAUCCCCAAUCCCCAUCUCAGUUGCAGACACCUUCCAGCGUCCAAAGCAAUGGUUUUUCUAGUUCUGCAACUCCGCAACCUACAUCGGUUGAGCGUUCUCCAGUGACCGCUUCCCCAAGGAAUAGCUAUAUGGACUCAAUUCAGCAACAGCGCGGAUUGCACCCCGACGCCAGUUUCCGCAGAACAACACCACUCAGAUCCGAGUCUUACAAUACACCUGUUAUUAAUCAAAACACGUAUACGUCUAAACAGAAGGAUGGUACUUUGGAUGAUCUUGAAUGGUUAAAAUUUGGACUAUAA